UACAUUUCAAGAGUGAAACCCUUCAAACAAACAACAAAACAAAACAAGAAGAGAUGGCGAUGGUGACAAAGGCUAUUGUUGACGGAGUGAAUCAAAGGCUUGGAAACUUGCUAAUUGAAGAAAUCAAGUUCUUGUUUUCAGUCAGAGACAAAGUGGAGAAAGCAAAGAUCAAGCUGCAGUGUAUCCUGGCCUUGUUGGAAGAUGCAGAUACUUUCGUAAGAAAUGGUGAUAGGAGAGUGUAUCUACUGGUUGUUAAAGCCAGGGAGACUUCUUACGACUUGGAGGAUGUGAUCGAAGCUUAUGUCUUCAAAGUGGCUUCUGAUAAGAGCCGUGGACGUAUCGCACGUGCACUGAAAGAGUCUGUUCACGUACUUGUUGUCCGGGAAGUUGGAAAAACCAUAGACAAGAUCUCAUCCAACAUUGAUACCUGGACUUCACAGUUACAGAGUUAUGGAGUUCAGAGGUCAUUGGAAAGGGCAGCCGAGACUUCUCCAAGGCACGCCCAGGAGCAAAGGCAGCUGAGGCGAGCUUAUUCUCACGUUGAGGAGAAUGACAUUGUUGGAUUCGACAGAGACAUCGAAGAAUUGGUAACCCUUUUGACUUCGGAAGAGAAUGCUCACAGGCAUAGGGUGAUCUCCAUCUGUGGGAUGGGUGGCUUGGGGAAGACUACCCUUGCCAGAAAAGUCUAUCACCAUCCCCAAGCCAGAGCUCACUUUGACUGUUUUGCCUGGGCUUCAAUAUCUCAGCAAUGUUCUGUCCGAGAGGUAUGGGAAGGGAUUUUGUUUGCCUUGGCUUCUCCCACACAAGCCAAAAAACAGGAAAUCAGAGGCAUGGAGGAUAGUGAGCUAGCCAAGGAGCUUUACAACCUUCAAAAACAGAGAAAAUGUUUGGUACUGCUUGAUGAUAUUUGGACUACUUCAACUUGGGAUUCUCUAAAAGCUGCAUUCCCUCGAGAUGGAACUGACAGCAAGAUUUUACUCACUACUCGGAUAAAGAGUGUUGCUUUGCAUGCGGAUCGAAGUGGAGUGAUUCACGAACCUAAGUGCCUCGACGAGAAUGAGAGCUGGGAGUUGUUUCAGAACAAGUCCCAUUUUGGAAACGAUCCAACAAGCUCAUCAUUAGAGAAUGAAAGAAAGGAAAAAAUAGGACGAGAAAUGGUUAAACAUUGCGGUGGUUUGCCAAUAGCCAUUAUCGUGCUUGGUGGGCUUCUUUCUACAAAACACACAAUCGUAGAAUGGGAGGCGGUGAAGAAGAAUGUAAUGAUGUACAUAAGUAAAGGCAGGCCACAUGAUAACUCAGAAUACGGUGGCGUUUCAUGGGUGUUGGGUUUGAGUUACGAUGAGUUGCCACUUUACUUGAAGCCUUGUUUUCUAUACUUGGCUCGUUACCCCGAAGACUUCAAUAUACAUGUAAAAGAAUUAUGCCUUUUAUUGAUGGCAGAAGGGUUCGUAUCAUUAAGGGGAAGCUCAAUGGAUUCUGUGGAGGAUCUGGCAUAUGCUUACUUAACUGAGCUGGUGGAGAGAAGCAUGAUUCAGGUGGAGAGUUGGGGUUCAACGGGAAGAAUGAAAACAUGUCGUAUUCAUGAUCUGAUGCGAGAUCUGUGCUUGUCCAAAGCCAAAGAGGAAGACUUUCUUGAGUUUGUUGAUUUAAGGAACAAAAAAAAGGACGAGCCAUUGUCUGUAUCGGUCGCAAAUGUACGGAGAGUUGCCAUCUACAGUUUUAGUGAAUGUGCUGAUGAUUUCUACCAUGUUAUCGAUCGUGCAAGUUGCUCUCUGAGGUGUCUUACUAUUGCUUUUGGAGUAUUGGAGUGGAGCCUUGAUUUCAAUCGCUUUAAGGUGCUUAGAGUCUUGAAACUUAAUUUUCAACUUAAGGAGAAGUCGUUUGAGAAAAUUGGGAAUCUUAUCCACCUAAGGUUUUUGAGUAUGCAUAAUACAAUUCGAAAUAUCCCACCUUCUAUUGCCAAUUUGAAAUGCCUGCAGACUUUGAAUCUAGUAAGGUGCAAAAUAAUAAAUCAUGAACUACCAAAAGGAAUGUGGAAGUUGAAGGAAUUGAGGCAUUUAUGCUUGCCUAGCUACUGUGGAUAUGGUAAUAGUUUGAUGGGGUUAAGUAACCUUAGAAAGUUACAAACACUAGCAUGUGUUCGAACUAAAUGCCUUGAUAGGAACGAUCUUUUGCAAUUGACGAAUCUCAAAAAAUUAAAGAUUGAAGUGGAUUCAAAUUUGAGGACAAUUUUCCAUGAUCCACCAAUUGUAACAAUGGAUGGUCUUUGGGAUUUACAUGUUCAAUCUAAUCUCCCGGGCGAAACAGAUAUUGUUCCUACAAUAUUAUGCUACCCUAAAAUUUAUAAGCUGAAACUGUGGUUGCCUAUACUAAAAUUACCAGAAGACAACCAAUUCUCUCCAAACCUUACCAAGUUAGAGUUGCGCAGAUGUAAUCUCAAGAAUGAUCCAAUGCCAACCCUAGAAAAGUUAUCGAGUUUAAGAGUCCUAUCUCUUGGUGAUAAUAGCUUUGUGGGGGUUGAGAUGGUGUGCUCGAAAGGAGGUUUCCCUCAAUUGGAAUCUCUUCAGAUUAGUGAUUUGAAUGAGCUAGAAGAGUGGAAGGUGGAGGAAGGGGCCUUGUCUAGUCUUCGCUCUUUGACGAUUGAUCAAUGCCAGAGAUUGAGGAGAGUUCCAGAUGGGUUAAGACACAUUACAAGUGUUGAAAUAAUGAUACAUUCCCUUCCAUUUUGAUAGUAAUUUUGUUUAAUAUUACUAUGUAAAUGCAGAAUGAGAUCUGAGAGAUGAUGAAUUCGAAGGGUUUCGAAGAAGAGCCAUGAGUUAGCAGGGGAGCUGAGCUGGUGCUGCGCACUCAUUUUACACUCUUCUUUUUUACUUUCUCCAAUUUGAAGCUAUUUGAAUAAAUUUGUAGUAACACAAAGCUAUUUUCACUGAUAUAUAAUCAUUUAAAAUUGUAUGUACCGCACCAAUAUUAUUGUUAUAUCCAUAAACCUACAUGUCUUGAUGAAAAUCAGAGUUGUUGGGAAUUGUUUCACAACAAAUGUUUAGGAAAGGUUCAAACAAGUAAUACA